CCAAAGCCAUUACGGCCUCCACCUGCAUCCUCGUUCAAUAAAAACGGUCGAUUUGAAGUAUCCAAAAUGGACGUUUUGAGUGAAGAGAUCUGGGACUUUCAUAAUACGAUAACACAGUCCGAAGGACUUCUCAAUCGUAAACUACAUCUCCGUGAUAUGCUUUAUUACUGUAUUUCACCUGUAUUCCCAAUGUGUGGUCUGUAUGUGGUUGGUUCUUCGUUGAAUGGUUUUGGCAAUAAUUCGUCAGAUAUGGAUCUUUGUUUGAUGAUUUCGCAUCGAGAUAUUGAUCAGCGGUCAGAUGCUGUUGUUGUAUUGGGGAUGAUUAAGAGUGCCUUAGAAAGUGUUAGUUUGGUGAGAAAGCAGCAGUUAAUCGUUGCCAAAGUGCCAAUAUUGCGUAUUCGUUUCACAGAACCAUUCGAUGAUAUCACUGUUGAUUUGAAUGCGAACAAUUCAGUGGCUAUUCGUAAUACACAUUUGCUCUGCUAUUAUUCAUCGUUUGAUUGGCGUGUUCGUCCAUUGGUGAGUGUAGUGAAGGAAUGGGCGAAACGAAAGGAUAUCAAUGAUGCGAACAGAUCAACUUUUACCUCAUAUUCACUUGUGCUUAUGGUUAUACAUUAUUUACAGUGUAAGCUAUAUGCUAUGGAGAUGAACCCUACGGAAACUUUAUCAUCGAAAAAGACCCAUUAUCGUGUACAUUUGGCGGCUGUCAUCGGAGGAAUGUAUGAAUGUAUUCCAGGCGGUGCUACUCCGGCAGUAUUACCCUCACUACAAGAGAUUUACCCGAAACGUUUCAACUGUCGCAUUGAUGUGCGAACGUUGAAUGUUUCAAUCCCAUUAGAACCACCAGCAAAUGGUGAAUGGCAGUUUUGUGAAGGAAAUACUCUUGGUGAAUUAUUGAUUGGUUUUCUUGAAUAUUAUGCAUUUAAAUUCGAUUAUGUACAUGAUGCAAUCUCGGUUCGGUUAGGCUCCAAAAUUGAGCGUUCGUUUGUUGCACGUCAGCGUUCACCUUACAACAACAGUAUAGCUCAGUGGAAUUGUAUUUGCAUAGAGGAACCGUUCACACUUUCGAAUACAGCACAUUCAGUGCAUAGUCAAAUGGUGUUCGAUGCCAUCAAAGAGGCGUUCAUCGAGGGUUUUGAAGAGCUCGACUCGAAUCGUGACUUGAAUGCAUUCCUCAAUGCAGCACCCAUUAAAAUUGGUGCUAAUAUCGCUUCAAAUGGGUACUUGUUUUUCAUUUAG